CCAUAAUAAACUACAACGCCACUCAGACCAGUCGUGGAGCACUUAUCUAGUAGAUUGUAGAACAACUACAAUAACAAGCAAAAUGACCGACAAGUUAGAUGCGGAACAAUUCAACGACGACGAACUGGAGGCACCGACUUGGCUGAAUCCUCUAUUUAUAGAGAAAAUUCUGAGCACGUACGAAGAUGCCCCGGAACUAAAAGUGAUCGAUCUAAAGAUCACACCCGCGAGUGCCCAAGGAGAUCACUACGCCAGCGUCAUGUUCCGUACUACUGCUGAGUAUACCACUUCGAAGGGAAAGUUCUCCAAGCCGCUGAUCAUCAAGACGAUGCCCGAGCAGGAAGGACACAAGAAGGACAUGCUCAGCGAAUCGCAUCUGUUCGAAACCGAGAUCGGGAUGUACUGCCAGGUUCUUCCGGAAUUCGAAAAGAUUCUCCAAGAAGCAGGUGAUCACACCAAACUCUUUGUUCCCUGCAUUUACCACAGCCUGGAGCCGCGCAAGGUGAUGAUAUUCGAGGACCUGGUGCCGCAGGGCUACUAUGUCAUUCGAGAUCGUCCAGUUGCUCAGGAGGAACUCAAAACCACAUUCACCAAACUGGCCAAAUGGCAUGCAGUUAGCAUGAAAUUCAUUAAUGAGCAACCUGACUUUCUCAAGAAGUAUAAGUAUGGCCUAUUCGACAUGCCCAACAUACAAAACGACCCCUUUAUAACGACUGGCAUGCAGAGUUUCAUCGAAAUGCUGGACAGAUUACCAGAGCUGCGAAGGUAUAAGCCUCAUUUCGAAAAGAUAAAGGAUAGUUACUUGGAACGACUGCAGGCUGAUUUGCGAGAAUACCAUGAAAAUCGGAGGAGUGAUGCCUACUAUGUCCUGUGUCAUGGUGACUUCCAUCUUCGCAAUAUGAUGUUCAAGAACAACAAGGAGACGGGUGCCCACGAGGAUACCAUGCUGGUGGACUUCCAGAUUAGCAACCUCUGUUCUAUCACAAUUGAUCUAACAUAUUCCAUCUAUAUGCUGAUGGAGCCGGAACAACGCAGGGAAAUGGGAAAGGACUUGAUUAAUCACUAUUUUACAGAACUGGUAGCCACUCUCAAGAAAAUUGGAUACAAAGGUGAGAUGCCCACCCAAGCGAAACUCUGGGAGCAGAUGCAUCGGAACAAGUAUUAUGAUUUCUUCUUGUUGAGCACAUUUCUGCCCUUGAUUUUGGCCAUCAAAUCGAAUAGUUUCAAAAUGAAAGACCUUAUCCAGGAUCCGGAAAUCCGACCAAAAACCUACUUUUUGGAUACAUACGUAAAAGAUGUUUCCAAACUAUUGCCCAAAUUCGAGCAACUGGGCUACUUUAAGGGUCUAUAGCUUUGAUUUUGUUAUUGUUUUAUACAUAUUUAAGUAUAUGUUGAUGUUUUUU